UUGAGCUGUUCCCUGUAUAUGUCCACAUCAUCAGACUGAAGUUUGGGGGUUGACUUUCCUUCUCUUCAGAAGUUGCAACAGCAGAUCAGAUUUCUCCCUGCUGCCUUCGGUCCAUUAUAAAAUGUACUGAUUAGUCUUAUUGGCCAAAGUGCAUAGUUCAUACUGAAGAGCUCUGUGCUGCUGCCUGUUAAAUGUGCAUCAGAAUGACAGGGUGGAUACAUUAUAUUGUCCAAUAACCUAUUUCAAUUUGGUGAUUUGAUGCCUUAUACCUUAAUGGCCACUUACAUUAAGAUUUGAUAGUCCAGCAUCCAAAUGGAGGUCACGGUCAAAACAGAUGGAAAUACAACUAAUAGUGUUUAUAAUUAAUGAACAGUUGUAAGAAGUUAUAUCUUCUUCUUUUUGUUUGUCUUGUUUUGCCCUUUGUCCAUACUUGUUUUGUAAAUAACUUUGUAAGAUGGUUUCACUCAGUGCUGUGAUUUUGCCUAUAUUAUUUUAAAGUUGAGUCUUUACACUCACAACAGACCAAAUCUGUUAUAGUUGAGCUCGAACACAAGUAGCUUUAAUAAGAUAAUUUAUGUGCCCAGUGGCAGUCUAACAUGGAAGCCGUGUUUUCCAUAGUUCUCCUUCAUGAAUACUAAUGCUACAUUUAGGCGCUUUGUUUGUAUAGAAAUUAACUGAGGACGGGAUCCCCACAGUCUCCGGGGUAACGGGUCUCGGGCUCAGGCAUCCAGUGAGUUCACCUCCUGCUCUCGAUGUGCUAAAUCACCCGGCGGAGGAACCAGCAGCCGUCUGCCGCGGACUGUGCGUAAUAUAAUAAGGAAUGCAGACUAUGUUGAGAUUACGCACGGAUAUGAAUCCACGCGCGUUGUUUUUUGGAGCAGAUUUCUAUGUCAGAUUUCUGUUUUUAAUCAAGGAGAAUUAAACUCCAAGUAAAUCAGUCAUAGAAGUAAAAGUCUCCUGGUUCUGAAGUUGCUGCUGCUCCUGGUGAAACCGAAAUAGCUGAUGCCCGCACAGACAACUCCAGCGACGUCACGCAGUUCGGAGAGGGGGCGUCAGUGUCAGUGCGCCUGCACGAGCUCAUAUACCCUGUGCCAUGUUUACCGCGAGCACUGAGUUUGAGACCGGACUUGCACGAGGAGCGCGUGAGGACUCGUCCGUGGAGCAGGAGAUGAAAACCAUGACGAGGAGCCGCGGAGCUGUGGGCUCCGGCCCUUCUCUCUGAUGUAGUUACGUUUUUCUUUUUAAAGGAAGAUGAGAGCCUUUGUGUUGAGGCUGAUGAGCUCAGGAGGAUUUCUAAAGGGAUCCAUCACAGGUUACACAGAAGAGAUGUCCACAACUGCAAGUCCGACCAUCCCCUCCUCACAGCUGACGUCUGAUCAACUCACUGUGGUCGCUGCGUCCUUCUCUUCUUUGGUGUUCUUCCUGGUCAUUGCGGUGUUGCUGUCCAUUAUUUAUCGCAAGGAUCCCCAGUGCUGCAAACUCCGCUCCUAUCAGCGGCCUCAUGCAGAUAUGGAUGCUCCUCCUCAGUACUACAGCAGCAGACAGACUCUGGUGGGAUCUUCUUGUCUGGAGCAUCAGAUCAUGGAUGACAACAACACUCAGACAGGUCAGCUGUUCUUCGUCGGCCUGCCCUCCAGCUACAGCCUGCCGACGCUGGACGCCCCCCUGCCGAGGCUCCCCUCCUACGAGAGCGUUCGAAAAAAGGACCGCCAGAGGCAGAUCCACAUGAUGAUCGCAGACCGCUUCGGCCUCAAUGGACCCAUUGUGACUGAGCCUCCUCCCACAUAUGAAGAGAGUAUCCGCCAGUCCAUGGAGCUGCCGUACAACAUCCUCUCACCUGAUGUGGACAUCUCUCCACCUCGGACUCUAGUCUACACCAACCCAGGAGCCGACAUUCAGAGCGGCGCACCUCAUCCUGUCUACUCGGACGCCAGCACCACCGUUCUACACGUCUGAUCCUCAUCGACUUCUCAAGCUGCCCGAUGAAUGUGAAAAGAACUCUGUAGCUUUACAGGCCGACCGUGACUGGAUCCUUCACAGGUUCACUGGAGCUGAGUCAGAUUCCUCAAGACUGAGGGGGAACCAAAGAGGAGCUGCACAGCCUGCAGGAGAGGACACAUUUGGCUGGAGCACACUGAUGUUAAAAACACAGUAAAGGGAGAAACUGGAUAUGAACAUUUUCUGAGGUGGCUGGUUCAUCCGGAUGAGGAUUUGUGGACGACAGGGACUGA